CUUUAGCGUCCGUCGAAGGCAACUCUGAAGAAGGAACCAUUUUUCUUGUAAAGCAAUACCGCAAUGAAACUUUAUAUAUCGAUAUCAUAGUUGAUAUGCCUACAGAGUACAGAGGGUACAGUUCAUCGUUCCAAAAGUGAUGAUGAGAGCAAUGAUGAUAGUGGCAUCAAUGGUUAUAGCAGCGCAGUACUCUCUGCAGAGUGCAGAGACAUAUAUAUAGUGAUAGUGAUGGUGUCCGUGAGGAUAAUGAUAUUAAUGAUGAUGAUGAUGAUGAAGCGAAUAAGCUGUUUUAUAUACCAAUGGUUGAGAGUGUCUGCAAAUUAAAGGAGCGAAACUUUAUUUGGAGUUCAUUGUUAAUGCUUCUCCAGAUAACAUUUCAAUUAAGGGCUUCUCAAUUAAUUAAGGAGUCGAUAGGUGAUGGAGUAUAUGCAUAUGAGCUGCCUGACUACUUCUCGGAUAUGGGUUCGCAGUUGCAGUCUAAUUUGUUCAGCUAUCUUGAGGUCAGAGGGAUAUCUGAUAUGGCUGACUUCUUGCACAAGUCAUACAUGAUGAACAAAAAAACGACAGGAGGAAAAGCGGUGGCUGGAGAAACUGAACAAGUUUAUUAUCAAGUAAUUUAUUUGUUACAAUUAAUUAACAGCAUUUGCAUUUGCUGGUGUGGUGAUGGGAUCAUAUGCUUAAAGUAUAUCUAUCCUUAAUCCUUAUCUAACUAUA